AUGCAAUAAAUACUAAAUACAAUUGAUAAAGUCGAUAUUUUUGGGUUUCCUGUAAGUCUUUUAACUCCGGCUAAGGCAUCCUUAUAUCAAAGCAAGCUUGGCGGAAUAAUUACUAUUUUGAUUGGAGGGAUUAGUAUUACAUAUUUUUUAUAUUUUAUCAUUUAAUGGAUUGAUCGUCCAAUACCUGCUUCUAUUAGUAUUAAAUAGCAAACUAUUUCAUAUGCUGAAUUUUAGUUGUCAGACUCUAUUAUUUAAUUGGAAUUAUAAGACUUUUCAGGAGAUGCUGAUCCUUUUAGAAAAGAGCAUAAUAUCAUUACUCCUAAUUUAUAUCGAAUUUUGAAUUCAAAAAUAAUUGAUAAGCCAAUCCCUUUAUUUAGUAGUGAAGAUAGGCCAUUUACAUUAUCAAUUGAUAAGGGCACAAUUGUUUUAAAUCAUGAUUCUGUUGGAAUUGAUGAUCACAUUUAAAUGACCCAAUUGUUGCUCGUUUUAGAAAGCUGUUCUAACUUGACUCCUGUUUCUGGAAGUUAUUGUGCUGCUACUAUUUCUUAAACAAUUAUGAGUUAAUUCAUUAACCUGUUGAUUAUUUUUUUACUUCUCUUGUAGUUAGCUAAUUGUCAAAACAGAAGCAUGAAUUCAAGAGUUUAGGUUGUUAUUUGUUUAGAAUUGAUAAUAUUUCAGUUAAUGAAAGCAUAACAUUGCCAAAACUAGGUUAAAUUCUAGCUUAAGUUGGAUCAAUUGUUUAGGUUAUAUUUUUGUUAAAAUAUAUUGCAAUAUAUUACAAUAACAUGUUAUUGGAAAAUGAAUUAUUGCAUGAAAUUGUAACCAUGUAUUAUCCAGAGAUGAAAAAAAAUAAGUUGAACUUAUUCAACCAAUUUGAAUACUAGAACUAGAAUAACUUAGAAGAAAAUGUGGAUAGAACACUUGAAAAUUUCAAAUAUAAAUAUAAAGCUUUUAUUAAAAGAGCUAAAGAAAAAUGCAGACCAAAUAACAUAUUAUAUGAAAUUUCAAGGUUAUAUAUAAUUUAUCAUUUAAUAAUAAUUUGGAAAUUAAGUUCUGCAGCAGAGUCAUUAAAUGGGAGGAAAAUUAUCGAAUAAUUAUUUAGAUCAUUAAUCUAGUAAAGAAUCAAAUAGAUUAACAGUUAAGCCAACCAAUUCUAUUGA